AUGUCGGGGUACCCUCUGAGCAACGUGUCCGUUGGACUGGGGCCCAUGUUGCCCGCAUGCAAAGAAAUGAGAGUAAAUCCUGUGCCAGUAAACCUGGCCUACCGAAACGUGAAUGCGAAUAAUAGUAACAAUAACAAUAACAGUAAUAAUAACAAUAACAGUAACAAUAAGGUUGGCGGGGGGGAUGCUCAAAGAGACGACAGUAGCAGUAGCCCCCAGAGGAUUGACACCCGCAGCAGCGCGAAACAAAGUAACAACAAGAGUGAUGUCAAGGAUGAGAAAAAAACAAUAACGGAGUGCACUCCCAUGGAAGAGCUGCUGUUCAAAUUAACGAACGGAAAAUUUAAAGCAGAAAAGCACCAUGUGUACACGUCGGAUGGGUACAGAUUAAAUUUAUAUCGAAUUGUAAGUACCAAUAAGAAGGAAAAUUUGUCAAAAAAAAAACAAGUGUUUUGUUUAAAUCAUGGGCUCUUCGAGUCAUCCAUUAGUUACACUUGCAAAGGAUACGAGUCUUUAGCUUUCCAAAUUUUUGCCAAUAAUUAUGACGUCUGGGUAAGCAACAAUAGAGGAAAUGCCUUCACAAAAUUUGUGGGAAAAAACUACGCAAUGAAAAAGCUAAGGGAAAGGUAUAGCCUGCAGGAUCUCAUGGACAUUGGCGUGGACGUUAGUGAGGAGAUGGCCGUGCAGGGGAGUAGCAGUGCCACGGGUGACGAGGAGAAGAAGUGCACAGAGAGUGGAAGCAGCAGUGGUGAGGAAAGCUGCAGUGGUGAGGAAAGCAGCCGUGGUGGGGAAAGCCACCUUGGUGAGGAAAGGAAAACCACCAACUUACGGAAAGCAGGAAAUGCCAGCGAUAACACUACCAACGACAAUGGGACGAAGAACUCCGAGGGGAACAACAAAAGUGAGGACGAGAGUAGGACUGUCGCUCCAAGUUGCGGAUCCCCGGGUGCGAACCUCUCUAUAGGAGAUGCCCCUUCCGGAGAAGGAGGAAGCAAAGUCGGGACGAAUGCCCCAUCGGAUGGUAACAACAAAGCAGAGAAACAAACUCAGUGUAGUGGCAGCAGUAGUGCUAAUGAAGGCACCGAGGAUGCACCCUCCAACGUCGGCACUCGUUCCUUCAUGGAUAUUUUUAAGAGGAUAAAGGGGAUCAAAGGCACAGAUAAGAAUGAGAAGAACUGUAAGAAGGUGUACUGCGACAUCGACGUCGAAACUGCGGAUGAGAUGGACCCGACUGUGAGCGCGGAUGACAGUACGACGGUAAACGGUGAGGAGGAGGAGCAGCAGCACCAGAAGCAGGAGCAUAAGCAGCUGAAGAAGAAGGAAGACGAGGACGAGAACGGCGUUUCGGCCCACGAAACAGGCGACAGUCAAAACCCCCCAGGACCGUUCGGAGAUGCAUCCAAUUGUGACUCCAACACGGGGUGCAGCUUCCCACAUGUGCCCAAGGAGGUAGAAAAUGGGGAAGUAGAGGGAGGAAACGCAGCAGAAGGAGAAGCACAAGGGGAGGACGAAGAAGAAGUAGAGGAGCUUGUUAACUUGAACAAGCAGAGUGAAGUCGAAGAAGAAGGCGAGUACGAAAGCGAGUACGAAAGCGAGUACGAAAGCGAGCACGAAGGAGACGAGGAUGACGCGAUUGAGCUGGACGAACCCGAAAUAGACAACUGGACAUUCGAAGACAUGGGAACGAAGGAUCUCCCAGUAGUUAUAAAGUACAUCAGAAAAAAAACACAGAGGGAUAAAAUUGUGUAUGUAGGAUUCUCUCAAGGAAGUGUGCAACUCUUAGUCAGCUGUUGCCUGAACGAUUAUGUAAAUAGCAGCAUUAAAAGGACCUACCUAUUGUCCCUACCAAUUAUCCUAAAAAGCAAAGACGAAUUGCUUAAGUCUGUGAAACUAUUGCUAAUCGCUUCCAAGUGGUACAAGGCAAUUAUUGGAAGUAAAGAGUUCCUACAGAAUGUGCUUCCGGAAAAAAUGAGUACCAAUCUAAUUUGCAACUCAGCUGAUUUAUUCACACGUAAUUUCUUUAAGUUCUACACGAAUGACUUGGAUGAUAAUUAUAAAAAAAUUUACUACAAACAUACACCCAGUGGGUCCACCUCAAAAGCGAAUUUAAAAAAAUGGAAAUCAUCUCUUCAUGAUGGACCUGUCUCUGAGGCCAUAGACAAAUAUGCAUAUAAGUGCUCUUUCCCCAUUACCCUUGUAUAUGGUAUUAAGGACUGCCUGGUGGAUGCAGUAAGGUCUAUUGAGUAUAUGAAAAAAAAGUUUACAAAAAACGAUUUGAAGAUUAUUACCGACCCGGAGUGGUCGCAUAUAGACCCUGUGUUGACGGACCACCGGAACGUCGUGCUGUCGUGCAUUCUGGAGGAUAUGAAGAGGGAUGAGGAGGAGGAGAGGAAGAAGCAGGAGGAGGAGAAGCAGGAGGGGGAGAAGCAGGAGGGGGAGAAGCAGGAGGGGGAGAAGCAGGAGGAGGAGAAGCAGGAGGAGGAGAAGCAGGAGGUGGAGAAGCAGGAGGAAGAGAAGCAGGAGGGGGGAGAAGGAACAGACGCAGGAGGAGAAUAA